AGCUCACCUAAAUGGUAUCACCUAAAUAUGAUACCAUUUAGCUCUGCUAAAGCUAAAUGAUACCAUUUAGCAGAGCUAAAUGAUACCAUUUAGGUCUGCUAAAGCUAAAUGAUACCAUUUAGCUCCCGAAUAUUUUUCCGCGGAACUUUUCUACGUAACAUUUUUCCUCUGAGCCCCUCAUAUAGUAUUAUCUCUGGCAUCUGAUGUUAAAAUAACUUCCAUUUUUCGCUCCAAUUCCAAAUAUACCAUGCCUUAGAUUUCACGUGAAAUUCCUUUAAAAAAACAGUGAUUUGGUACGUACUUCAAAAUACAAUUUUCGAUUUAUUGCAUACUUCAUGGUCAUCGUGAUCUUUGAAAAUUCUGUUCAGAUAGUGUUCUAUAUAUAUAAAAGUUAGUAAGUAAUAUUUUGAUAUAACAAUCGAUGUUUAAAUAACCUAGCAAUUUAUUAAACGAUUCAAACACCUUGCGAAAUUGAAGCGUAUUUUCCUGGUCAACUGAUGUUGGAACAUUUAGUUUACGACGCAAUCACUCAAUCUAUAAUAUGAUUACUAGUAGUGUAUAUUGCAAUUAAAACCGAUUUCCAAUCUUCACAAUCAAAUAAAUUCUGUAAUUUUGAAAUACAAAACUAAAUUUAUUUCAGAAUAUUAUUAAUUGAAAAUAUCAGAAAUUUGAUUUGAAGCGUAGCUAAUGAAUUCAACAAAUGUGAAUUGUAUAAAUGGGAGUCUUGUAUGCAGUUCUAGCCAUUCAUAUCUGCAACUUUUAACUAAAAUUCACAAUUUAAUUUCGGCUCUUCUUUAUAACAGAUCUACGAAUAUUUUGAUUUUCUUUUGACAUUUCUGUAGGUAAGUUAAUUCACAUAUACUAAUCAGUAUAAUAUUUUGAAUUAACGACCAAAGAAAGCCAUAAACAUGUUUCAAUUUGUAAUAUUGUUAAUUUACGUUUCACUUGUGUCUGCUGAGUAUUCGGAAACUGAAUAUGAAAAUCGCGAUGGAUGCAGUGGAGUCAUAUCACAAAUGAAACUGGGUACAGGAGUUAAUGCUAAUGGCGCACUCACAGUCAUAUGGUUUCCUGGCCUUGCACAUAACAUCUGGACCGGCGUCUACUACCUUCGCGUACCGCUCGUUCUGGCAUACUAUAAUAGUCUUUUCGUUACCAUACAUUCUGGAAACUGUUACAGAGAAGACUACAGUUUUAAAAUAGCAACAUUCAAGAAACAGGGUCAAUUCGAACAAGAAUCGCUGCCCAUAAUUCCAUUGCAUCCAGGGGGCUAUGAAGCGCCAUGUGCUGGGAUAAUAAAGGCCAUUCGCUUUACAUUUGAGGGUGAGGGACGUAAUAAAAAGAACAAAAUACAUAUACAACUCAACACAGAAAUAAGCGAAAACUACACGAGGGCAUCUACACUAAUUAGACCACUUAUUGAAGCAUUCAUAAGAAAGGCAAAGAUACACUUAAUCACCAACUCAUGUCGUACUGGUGAUCUUGGAUUUGCAUCAUACAACUUGCUGGAUAGAGGAUCUCGUUGAUAGAAAAAAAUUAUAACUGAAAAUAUAUUGAUUCAUUAAAAAUAGAAAAAAUUGUUUUACUGAAG